UGCUUUUGACUUGGGCGCCUCACGCACGUUGGGUUCUUCGCCGCCAGAAUGGGUAAUAUCCCGCCUCUUCGAUAGCUUUGCGUCCGCUCGGUGGUGUGAGCAUGCUUUGCAGCAAUGCGGCAGCAGACGCCAUGUACGACGGCGUCGGGAUGAUGAAACGCAGCGACCUCAACGACAAAUGCAGUGAUCCGGCACAGCCGUCGGCACCGCCAUCAUGAUGCUCUCUCUCACUCUUCCACUUCUGAGCUCAACCGAGGUACUGGCUGCCUCGUUCAUUCGCAUCUUGUUCCAUUCCUAACGACUCACGAUCAUCGCAACCUAACGACCUCACCACCUUACUACACUAACACCGCUCACAAUGCGUGCAUCCACACUUAUCCCCGUUGUGCUCGUCGCUGCUUCCGCAGCUCCUGCGUUUGCCGCGCCCAUCCGUGGCGACUACGAUUCCUUGAUGGCCCGUGAGGAGUAUCCCGAGAUGUACGAACGCGAUUACCUCGAAGAUUACUACGUGCGCGACGAAGCCGCCGGAGCCGAGGCCCCCGAGGCCGGAGCGCCUGCAAGCGACGCCUCUGGCGCUGCCCCGGCCGCUGAGCCCGCGCCAGGAUCCUCCCCUUCCCCCACACCCUCGACGAACUCCAAAGAUGGCGGCGCGGACCCCGCCAAGACCCCGUCCGCGUCCGCGCCCGCUUCGACCUUGUCCGCGGCCGCCCCGGCGCACUCGCCCGGCGCUUCCAACUCAACUUCGACGUGGAAGCCGAAGCUGCACUUCACGGGGCUGAUGGGCGAGUUCAUGAACCUCUUCAACCGCGGCGUGGACGACGCUGCGGCUGUCGAGGAGCGCUCGGUCGACGAGGAGAGCAACUUGUUCGCACGCGACUUUGAGGAGGACCUCUACACGCGUGACUUUGAGGAGGAUCUUUACGCGCGCGACUUCGACGAGGACCUGUACGCUAGGGAGUACGAAGACGAGCUGCUCGCGCGUGAGUACGACGACGAGCUGUUCGCCCGCGAGUUCGACGACGAGUUCUGGGCGCGCGAGGACGAGCAACCCCACCCUCACCCUCACCACCACCACGCGCACCACCCGUCGCAGGCGAACGAGCCGACCGCGGCGGACCGCAAGGAGCUGGGCGUGUUUCCCCAGGGCAGCCCUGAAGCCCACCAGGAGGGCCACUCCUCCAGCGCGCAGCACCCGAUGCAGGGCGUGCACCCGAAGCGGGAGUUCAUCGACGAGCUGAGGGAGCGCAUGGAUUACUAUGACGAGCUUGACUGAUCUGCUAGUGCGUAACGUUGUGCAAGUGUAUGUAGGGCCGUUGCGCUGGCUUCACUGUUGUCGUGCAAGUUAAUGUGAACUUGAUGCGAUGCUUGCUCGCUGUGCUUGUUCUCAUUGGCGUUGGAGAGUGCAAAAUAUCAACGAGAUUGAGAA